AUGGCCGACGCUUUAGUUACCGUUGCUGCCGAGGCGAUCCUGAAAAAGUUAGCAUCCAUAGCUGUCAACGAAGUCGCCCUUGCUUUGGGUUACAAAGAGAAGUUGUACACACUUGAAGGGACCUUGAAACUGAUUCGUGCCAAGUUACAGGAUGCCGAGAAUCAGAAAGUUCAAAACCAUGGUGUGAUGGAGUGGCUGAAACAGCUAAAAGAUGUGGUUGGUGAAGCUGAUGACGUGGUGGAUGAGGUUCACUAUGAAAUGUUGAGGCGUGAGGUAAAGAAUCGAAAUCGGGUGGCAAUAAAGGAUGCAAACGAGUUGGGACUACAAAAUGAACAGCCUGGCCCAGUUGUUCAAUAUCGUCCCUACCCGGAGACAGAUCCAAAUUUAGGCGAAUUCAAAGUUUUUGGGAGGGAGGAUGAUGAAGAGCGCAUCAUACACCUUUUAACCGAGUCAAGAAAAGAAGAAAAGCUUUCGAUUGUUCCGAUUGUGGGAAUGGGCGGGAUGGGGAAGACCACUCUGGCUAAGUCCGUAUACAAUGAUCCAAAAAUCCAGCAACAUUUUGAUGUGAAACCUUGGUUGUGUGUGUCGGUUAAGGUUGACAUCAACACACUUCUUGCAAAGAUUUAUGAAUCUGUUGCACGAGAGAAACCUAAGUCGGAAACUAUGGUCAAUUUAAUUGAAAGUCUUGAAGAGAAGUUGGGCUCAAAAAGGUAUUUGCUAGUCCUGGAUGACGUUUGGGAUGAAGAGAGAUUAUAUUUGGAAGAUUUUAGGAGUGUUAUGAUAAAUGUGAAGUCACAAAUUGGAAGUAGCAUUCUUGUCACUACCAGGAAACUUGACAUCGGAACGAAGGCUAUGUUGAUGGAUUCAUGUCCUUUAAAAGGUCUUUCUAAUAAUCAUUGUUGGAACAUCUUUAAAGAGAGGGCCUUUCUAGCAGGACAAUCACCACAACCUGAAUUGGAGGAGAUAGGGCGUGAUAUUGUGAAAAAGUGUCAUGGUUUGCCUUUGUUAGUAAGGGUAAUAGGUGGUAUGUUGCAAAAUUACAAUGACCCAGAAAAGUGGUUGGCCAUCAAAAAUAGCAAAGUUUGGGAUCUAGAAGAUGAAAGGGAGAGAGUUCGAAAGAGUUUGGAACUGACCUUUGAUAAUCUUCCCAAUUCUAUGGCCAAGCAAUGCUUCACAUAUUGUUCCCUCUUUCAGAAAGAUACACUCAUGGAAAGGGAAGAACUGGUUCAACUUUGGAUGGCUUUAGGGUUCGUUCAAGGGGAUGAGGAAAGAAACAAGGAGAUGGAGGAUGUGGGGAAUGAUAUUUUUCAAAUUUUGGUCAGCAAUUCGUUGUUCCAAGAUGUUGAAAGGGAUGAGUAUGGUAACAUCAGUCAUUGUAGCAUGCAUGAUCUGGUGCAUGAUCUUUCAUUAUCACUUUCGAAAAAUGAAAGCUUAUGUCUGGUGGAUACUACAAAUGAUGACAUUGCAUGUAUCCCUCAGGUUAAACAUCUCGCUUUUUACCAAGAACAGAAGUAUAAAUUGGCAGCGGAGGUUUCUAUGUUCAUUGAAAGGAAUGCAGUGGCUAGAACUUUGCAUACAUUGUUCAUCAAAGGUGAAGUUGAGAAGAAGUUUUCAUUUCAACGAUUGAAAUGCAUACGCAUCCUAAAACUCAAAGGAUUUAGUAUUGAGAAGAUAGACGAUUCAAUUGGAGGGUUGGUUCAUCCCAGGUAUCUGGAUUUGACAUAUACAAGGAUCCGUGUUCUUCCUGAAUCGAUUGGUAAAUUAUACCACUUGCAAACUCUGAAGUUGCAAGGCUGCAAUGUUCUCAAGAAGUUUCCAAAAGCCAUGAGAAAUUUGAUAAACCUGCGGUAUUUCAUGUGUGAUAAAGAUAUUCCCACCUAUGUCCUGGGACAGUUGAUUUAUCUUCGAAAACUGUCUUCCGUCAAAGUGCUUAGAAGGAAAGGACAUGGUAUUGAAGAGCUACGCCAUUUGAAUAACCUUACUGGAAGCCUCUGUAUUUCCAGUUUAGAAAAUGUUAGGAGCAAAGAGGAUGCUGUCAAUGCAAAUUUAUCUAGAAAGAAAAACUUGUACAAUAUUGAAUUCAAUUGGAGUGGGAACGAUGAUGAAGAUGCCAACCGAAACGACAAGGAUGUAUUGGAAGGCUUGCAACCCCCUAAAGAUGUGAAAAAGUUGACAAUUAAGAAUUUUUCAGGUGAUAAUUUUGCAGAAUGGGUAAUGAAGAUGGCAAUCAAUAUUGAAGGGAAAUGGAUGACCCUUGACAAGCUCGUGUCGAUCAAAUUAGAUGGAUGUAGGAGCUGCCUCUCUCUUCCGACGCUUGAGCACCUACCACAUCUUCAGGAUCUUGAGUUAUGGUUUAUGGACAAGUUGACAUUUUUAAAGAGUUCCGAUGUUACUGGAUCAACGGAGCCUUUGUCUCCAUCGUUGAGAUCGCUCGCACUUUUAGAUAUGAAAAGACUGGAAAAGUGGAUAGAUGGAGCACCCAACAUCUCAAAAAUGAUAUCUCCUGUCCUCCAGAGCUUGUCCAUUUUAGAUUGCCCAAAGAUUAUUAUUUUAGAUGAAUGCCAUCCCCAUCCUCUUGUUUAUUUAGAGAUUGGAUUUUGCACAGGUCUGGUGUCCAUUAAAAGCAUACAAGGCCUCAAAUCUCUUAAAAGUUUAAUGAUCGGCCAUUGUCCUAGUCUUUUAGAAAUAACCAAUUUACCCAACCAGUGUCAUUCUUUGAAGACUUUGCAAAUUAUCCAUUGCGACAAACUGACUUCCUUGCCUCAGAAAAUGUUUGACUGUUUUGCCUGCUUAAACCAUUUGGUACUUGGUCCGUUCUCAAAGGAGCUCAAUUCUUUCCCAAGUCUCCAAGGCAUCGAGAAGUUAAGGGACCACCUUCACUCAUUAAAUUUGAAAGGUUGGGAUCAUUGGGAGUCGAUACCUGAAGAAAUACAACACCUCACCUCACUGUCUUGGUUAGAAAUAGAUGGAUUCGGAAUACAAGAACUGCCCAUGUGGUUAACCAACAUGUCAUCUAUCCGAGAUUUGUGGUUCGAUGACUGCAAGGGGCUAAAUAAAGAAACGGUUAGACGGGGAGCGCCACGGGAAGCAACUGAUGUCACACUAAAUUAUGAAAAGUGUUAAUUAAUUAGUUAUUUGAGUGUGUUGGUUGGUG